UGUGAGAUCCCGGAUGUCCGGUGACCCAGACACUCCUCAUCGUUUGCGUUCGUUAGGUUUCGCACAUAUUUUCUGCCGAGGAUUUGCUUCAGAUGAAUUUUCUGACAACAGUGACAGCUUUGACAGUCCAUUUGGAAGAAUUCUCACCAGGUUUGCUUCCGGAAGUUUGACCUAGUUUGGUUUUCGUGACCUAGUUUCGACACGUGGAGCGUCAACAUGAAGCUGGGAUUCGAUGUCAAAACGUUUUGUCAGAACCUGAAAGCAACCAAACCACCAUACGAAUGCCCAGUAAACGGGUGUGGUAAAAUAUACAAAAGCUGGUCAGGAAUUCAAUUUCACUUGUAUCAUUUUGAUCAUGACAAUCCCGAUAAUAACAGCCCCACCCCUCAGAAGAAGCCAGGCAGAAAGAAGGGAAAGCAACAUCACAGAUCUGUUCGUAGGUCAGCGAGCCCUGCAGAUUUUAUCCGCAUACCUGCCAGGGAACAUAACCUUACCUAUGCUGAGGCACAGAGACUGGUAGAAGUUGAUCUUGAUGGUCGGGUGCACAGAAUCAACAUCUAUGAGCCCUUGGAAAUUAUAUGUCAGGAUGAGAUUGAGAAUGUUGACAACACAGAGAAAGAGGAAAAAACUGAAGCUAAAAGCCCACAAAAGACUGGAAAGCAAAUAGACAACACAAAACUGAAGAAAGAACCAAGUGCUGCCACAAAUAAGCUCCCUGAGCCUGCAUUCAAAGUUCUGGAGGAUUAUGUGAAGCCCCCGCCAGCCCCACCUAGGCCAGCUUCUUAUUACAGGUUUAUAGAGAAAUCUGUUGAUGAGAUGGAUGAUGAAGUGGAGUAUGACAUGGAUGAAGAGGAUUAUGCUUGGCUGGAGUUGGUAAACGAGCAAAGGAAGUCUGAUAACCUCUCUUCGGUUGGGCAGGAGGUGUUUGAGAUGCUGAUGGACAGAUUUGAGAAAGAGGCCCACUUUCAGAGCCAGACCUCUGGCAAAGACCCGUCCCCUUCUAUCGAUGAAGAUGCCGUCUGUUCUAUAUGCAUGGACGGAGAGUGUCAGAACAGCAAUGUUAUACUGUUCUGCGACAUGUGUAACCUGGCAGUCCAUCAGGAGUGUUAUGGGGUGCCCUACAUCCCAGAAGGACAGUGGUUAUGCCGGCGAUGCCUGCAGUCACCAUCCAGAGCUGUAGAUUGUUGCCUGUGUCCCAACAAAGGUGGUGCGUUCAAACAAACGGAUGAUGGCCGCUGGGCCCACGUGGUUUGUGCUCUUUGGAUUCCGGAGGUAGGAUUUGCCAAUACUGUAUUCCUAGAACCUGUCGAUGGCUUGCCGAACAUCCCGCCAGCACGUUGGAAGCUGACGUGUUACAUCUGUAAGCAGCGUGGCACUGGAGCCUGUAUACAGUGCCAUAAGACAAACUGUUACACUGCCUUUCAUGUCACCUGCGCCCAGCAGGCAGGACUGUACAUGAGAAUAGAGCCCAUCAAAGAACCAGGGUCACAUGGGUCCAUAGGUGUUAGGAAGACUGCCUUUUGCGAUGUGCACACGCCCGCCGACUCUCGCGGGGGAUCAAUGAUGGCAAGCGAUGAUGAAGUGGAAGAUAAGUCGUUAUCAGCGAAGAAAGCAAAAGCAAAGUCCAGACAAAAGAUGCGCAAGGCUCGUAAGAUUUUGGCAGAGAAGCGGAAUGCUAUGCCUGUGGUGUCCAUUCCCAUAAUUCCUCAGCCAAGGUUGUCAUCCAUUGCCAGUAAGGUGACCCUUGCCAAGAAGCAGCUUUUCAUAUCGCGUCUGCUUGGCUACUGGACCCUUAAGAGACAGUCUAGAAAUGGCGUUCCUCUGCUGCGACGACUGCAGUCCAAUCACAUGUCAAGGAAUAAAGAAGAGAUUGAAGAUGACAGAGAGAGUUAUGCCCUAAGAGAACAGCUAAAGUACUGGCAGCGGCUGAGGCAGGACUUGGAGAAAGCCAGGCUACUGGUGGAGUUGAUCAGGAAGAGGGAGAAACUGAAAAGAGAACAGAUGCGGAUCCAUGUGCUAGCCACGGAGAUGCAGCUCACUCCAUUCAUAAUCCUCCUCAGGAACACCCUGGACCAGCUACAGGAGAAAGAUGCAGGCAAUAUCUUUGCUGAGCCUGUCAACUUACAAGAUGUGCCGGACUAUCUAAAAGUUGUCAAAGUGCCCAUGGAUUUUGCCAAGAUGCGCAUAAAGUUGGAGAGCCAUCAGUACAAAACAGUUGACCAGUUUGAACAAGACUUCAACAGAAUACUGGAGAAUUGUAUGAUAUACAACGCCAAAGACACAGUCUUCUAUAGAGCUGCUGUCAGAAUGAGGGACCAGGGAGGGGCACUGAUCAGGGCAGCCCAGAGGAUGGCGGAGAGGGUGGGGUAUGACCCAGAGACGGGACUUCACCUUCCACACAGACCUAAGCUGGAGGAGAAGGAGCCAGUGAUUGUGGAGGAUGGCGAUGAACUCCUCCCAGCUGAGACCCGAGAAAACCUCCCCCUGGAGCAGCAACUGAAGAUACUUCUGGACAAACUAGACUAUGCCAACACCCUGAAACACAACAGGAAGGGCAAGAUGGCCAAGAGGAUCAAGAGGGAGGUGAUGAAGGUGCGGAGGCAGUUGGCCCUACAGAAGGGUCUGUCCGUGAGUGACCGGGAAGACAGUCAGAGCAUGGAAGCAGCGUCCUCAGAAGCUAGCACAAGUUCAGACAGUAGAAGUCAUUCUCCUGAGAAAACCCCCAGCAAAAAGGCGCACAAAUUCUCCUCCAAAACUCCAACAAAAACCCCCAAAAGUCCCAAGAGCCCCAGACCCAGGAGCCCAUCCUCGCCAAGGCACUCUAAAUCUACCUCGCACAAGACGCCCACUAAGGUGAUGUCCCCACCCAAGGGGACCCCAGGGAGGCCUAAGGGGAGGGGCGGCAGAGGACCUGGGAGGCCCAGGAUAAAGAGCGAGUCUGAAAGUGAACAUACUCCUACACCAGGGCAUAGUUCAUCCAAAAAGAAAUUUGAUGUAGAUCUCCCAGGGACGCCUAGCAGACUGUCUGACCUAGAUACUCCCACGUCUUCAAAGACGGCCACACCCUCACCGUCAGGGGUCAACAGAAGGACAGCUGUUUUGUUUAGCAAAAAGAACUUUAAGAAGCCUCUUCAACUGGACUCUCCAAGUCCCAAAAGAGGACCAGGGAGGCCUCCAAAGCCAAAAACUGAUCCUCAUUCAGGAGGAAGCGGAUCUCAGAAGUCUGACUCAUUAGGUCCUGGCAGCCCAACGAGCAGCCCUAGCUCAAGGAAACGAUCUGCUAGUGCCAGCAACGUGGAUGUGAUCCCUUCGUCUCCUUCGAAACGCAUCCACACAAGUUCAGAAUCGGCGAAGACGGAGGCAGAAGUUAGCUCAGGACAGCCGUCAAAUAGACGAGAUAGUUUCUUGACAUACAGGACAGAGAAGGAAGUCCCCAGCAGCUCAGAUUCAGACACAUCCUCAGAACUGGGGACAACAGAAGAUGACUCCAUGUCCGAUUCUAACAGCCAGUCCAGUGAGAGCGAAGAAGAUGAGGAAGGCGAGGGCAGCAGUAGUCGAUACUCUAAACGAGGUAAUAUAGUCCGUACGAAGAAGCGCAGUGGCAGCUAUGACUCUGAUGAUGAGGACCUCAUUCCGCUAGAGCCACUGGAUCUUGUGUGGGCCAAGUGUAGGGGCUAUCCAUGGUAUCCUGCUUUGAUUAUCAACCCCAAGAUGCCUAAGACGGGUUACUUUCACAAUGGUGUUCCAAUUCCCGUGCCACCAGAUGGCGUGCUAGACCUGCAGAAGAGAUUUGAAGAGCCAGUCUAUUUGGUGCUGUUCUUUGAUACAAAAAGAACAUGGCAAUGGCUACCCAGGGACAAGCUGGACCCUCUGGGUGUGGACUCUGGUCUGGACAAGAGCAAGUUAUUGGACAACAAGAAGCCAGCGGUCAAGAAAGCAGUGAAGAAAGCGUACGAGAAGGCCAUUGCUCACAGGUGUAGAGUAACGGGAGAACCAAACCCUCUGUCUGGUGAAUCAAGCAGCGAGGAUUGAUCUGUGUGUGUGAACUGUAUAAAGUCUAGUAAAAUGGAAUCUGAAGGGUUUGCCCAGCCAUUUGGGGGGUAAAUUCAAAGUGUCAGAAUGGAUUUCUGAACAAUCUGAAUUCUAGUGGGUGAAGGAAUGGGAAUCUUGGGGAUGAAAAGCCAAAGAGGCUUACCCUACCAUUGGAAAAACAUUCAAAAAGUGAGGUAGCAGGCAUAG